AUGCUUGAAGUUGAUUGUCUUGAAGUGUUGCCUAGCACAGUUAAGGGAGAUCGAUGCAAAUCUGCACUGUUUGAUGGUUGCAGGCUAGCGUUAUCUUUGAGAUCAGAGAUGGAGAGGGACAAAAUGUGGAAAGUCGUGAGUCAAGUAUGGAUUGAAAUCCUAGCUUAUGCUGCUACUCACUGCAGAGGGUUUCACCAUGAGCAACAGCUUCGGAAAGGAGGCGAGUUCCUAACUCAUGUUUGGCUUCUCAUGGCACAUUUAGGCAUCACGGAGCAGUUCCAGGUAUCUCAAGGCCAUGCUAGGGCUAGGAUCAAUGUGUUAUAA